GCCAUGCUAACGGUUGCUCGUCACCGUGUCCUGCCGUGUCUCCAUGAAGACGGCUGCGUCUCUAGUGCAUCGACCAGACUUGAGAAAUCUCCGCACGCCGAGAUAGAGCACGAUUCCUGGGGGAAUUACGCAAUCGUAGUACCACGUGAGAAAACAUGAGUGGAUCGAUUUCUCUCUUUGCUCGAGAGGACCUACCGUAAGGAAGAAGUAUGUCGGUGAUGAGAUCAAAGCUGAUCGAGGAAGAGGCCACGGACGACAAGAGAUAUACGCGUUAGUUGUGGCUUCCAAACAGGCAGCUUACAAUGCGAUGGCCACCGAGUAGAGGAGUUUACUGCUUAGGCUCACCAUCUUCCCCUGAAUGAGCCUAGGUGUCAGCAGGUACGGCACCGCAGUCAACACAACCAAGAGUGAGCUCCAAAUUGGCGGACCCUCCUGGAAAAGUGAAUACAGACGCAUAGCAUCAGUAGCCAUGGUCGAGAAUCAAACCCAUACACGCAGGGAUCUGAGGAUCUUGUUCGCAACGGAGACGACUGGCCACCCAAAUACGACACUCUGCAAAGCAAUUUGAGCCUAGCAGAGAGGACAUACACGUGCACAUGGAAAGAUGCACAUGGAAAGGUGCGUAUAGCGUUCAAACCAAUCCAUCUCUUUACCCACUUACCCUGGCAUAAUCGUCUUCAGCUCUACUGCCUCGAGGCAGAAAGUAUCUCAUAGACAGCUUUCUCAACGCCAUUAGACCGAUGCAGGGUACCGCUCCCAUCUUCAGCGCAUAAGCGCGUUUCUUCGCAAAACCCAGUAAUUUGGCGGCUUCGUAGAAAAGAGCCAAGGGAAAAAGAAAGUGAACCACCGUAUAUAUACCGCCAAAAAUGUAUGCCUUCAAAGUAGGGCGCCACUGAAGGUGGUGGAGCAUAGCAUCCAGCAGAUUAAGCGCCGUUAGAAAUGCCACUAACAGCCAGAACUUGCGCAGCAGAGACAUGUUACGGUGAAAGCUAGGUCCUUCGAGUGUUAUUGCCAGUGCAAGAAACCAACAAUAACAAUGCACCAGCCGACGAAUCACGUCAACUGCCGCACCCAUUAUCCUCGACUCGCAGCUGAACCAAUACAUAAGUAGCGUGCUGAUUACUACGGCUGACACACACAAAGCGGCCGCCAGCUGCCGAAGCAUCAUCUUGCCAAUCCGCUGCAUGGUCGACCACAGAGGCUCGGGAUUGAAGUGGGUACCAACGACCACCUCUCUUGUGCUGCCGUCGGGGCCACGAACGGUCUUAUACUCUAACACAGUCGGAAACUCCUCGAAGUUAGCUUCGUAUCCGGCAGACUCUCUGAACCUGCAGUGAGACAAUCACAUGGACAGCCAGUGUUGUUCGUUGUGUUGUGUCCCCCCACGUACUCAGCCACCGAGGCAGCUAUCGCCUUCUCCUCCCGAUGAUGGAUGCCGUCAGGGGCGCCCUCUCUGUCGGCCUCUGAAGCGUAACAUUCCUUGCUGUAGUCGUCAAUGGCAAUCGCCGUUGUCGUGUGUGCCGUGGAAGUGGAGAGCAUGGACCGAUAGGGCGGGAUGCGCCCAUGGGCCGGCUCUGCUGUCGUCUGGACGCACUCACCAGCUGCCCCCUUAUCUUGCUCCGAGUCGGUGUCAUUCUCCCGAUGGUCGCCCAGAGCAUCCAUCGUUUGCUGCUGUGGGAAUCUGGUGUCGUCGCUCUCUUCUCCACACGAGGGCUCCAUGAUAUCGCCACCCGAUGGUGAAAGUCUCGUGAUUCCACAUUCUGGCGACAGAGGACAAGGAAGACAGGUCGAAGGCUGCAUCUUGGCGCGGAGAAUCAGAU